UAACAGGCUCACUGUAAUAACUGAAAGACCAGCUGAGUGUUUGAGUGGAUUUUGCUGCCAUUUUGUGGUAAUAAAUUUAGGAUUGGACACUUAAAGGAGACUAGAGGAUGUCAAGAGGUAGAUGAACGCCCUGCAGUAGCGAGUUCAAACAGGGAUGGCGGAGCUGGAAGGCCUGGAGUUUGGGAAGUCAGACUUUGUGCUCCUGGACGAGGUCACGAUGGAGCAGUUUAUGGAAAAUCUGAAGCUGAGGUUUGAGAAGGGCCGAAUCUACACCUACAUCGGAGAAGUGGUCGUCUCCGUUAACCCAUACAGACAGAUGGACAUUUACGGCAAAGAUAACAUUGAAGCGUACCGAGGCCGCGAGCUGUAUGAAAACCCUCCUCACCUGUAUGCAGUGUCUGAUGCUGCCUAUAAAGCCAUGAAGAGACGGGCCAAAGACACCUGCAUCGUCAUAUCAGGUGAAAGUGGGGCCGGAAAAACAGAAGCCAGUAAAUACAUCAUGCAGUACAUUGCAGCAAUCACAAACCCAAGCCAGAGGGCAGAUGUCGAGAGUGUGAAGAACGUGCUGCUGAAGUCCAACUGUGUGCUGGAGGCCUUUGGGAACGCCAAGACAAAUCGCAACGACAACUCCAGCCGCUUCGGCAAGUACAUGGACAUCAACUUCAACUUCAACGGCGAUCCCACCGGAGGACACAUCAACAACUACCUGCUGGAGAAGUCCAGGGUGGUGCACCAGCAAGGAGGUGAGAGGAACUUCCACUCGUUCUAUCAGCUGCUGCGUGGAGGCUCUGAUGAAAUGCUGCAGUCGUUUCACCUGCAGAAUGAUCCUGCUGUUUAUGUUUAUACCAAAGAGGGAGCGGAAACUGUUACCUCCAACAAUGAUCGCUCAAGCCACAAAGCCGUGUUGAGCGCACUGGAAGUUAUUGGCUUCUCAAAAGAAGAGAUCACCUCAGUUUAUCAGAUCCUCGCCACCAUUCUGCUUUUGGGCAAUAUGCAAUUUGAGAGCGAUGGUGAGAGCGUUAAUAUUGUGGGACAAGAAGUUGUGAACCACAUCUCAGAAUUGACGGCCACAGACCCGGAGAGCGUCAAUAAGAGCCUCCUGUACCGCACGGUGGCCACUGGAGGAGGCGAGGUCAUUGAGAAGGGGCACACAGAGCAGGACGCCUGCUUUGGACGGGAUGCUUUUGCCAAGGCUCUCUAUGAAAGGCUUUUCGGCUGGAUCGUCAGCCGCAUCAACAGCAUCAUUGAGGUGAAAGACUACGACCCAGUGCUGCAUGGGAAAAACACUGUAAUUGGUGUGCUGGAUAUCUAUGGCUUUGAGAUCUUUGACAACAACAGCUUUGAGCAGUUCUGCAUCAAUUAUUGCAACGAGAAGCUGCAGCAGCUUUUUAUCGAGCUGAUCCUCAGACAGGAACAAGACGAAUAUCAGAGAGAAGGCAUCACCUGGCAACAUAUCGAAUACUUCAACAACCAGAUCAUUGUCGACCUGGUGGAGCAGGCCCACAAAGGCAUCAUCUCCAUUCUGGAUGAGGCUUGCCUCACUGUUGGAAAAGUCACUGACACAGUCUGCUUGGACAGCAUGGACACCAAACUGGCACAGCACCCCCACUACACCUCCCGCAAGCUCAGCCCCACUGACAAAAGCAUGGACUUUCAGAAACACUUCCGUAUUCGCCACUAUGCCGGAGACGUCACAUAUUCCGUCGAGGGCUUUUUGGACAAGAACAAGGACCUGCUUUUCCAAGACUUCAAGCGCCUUAUGUACAACAGUGCCAAUCCAGUCCUAAAAGAGAUGUGGCCAGAUGGACAUCUGAGCAUCACAGAGGUCACCAAGCGGCCUUUGACUGCUGCCACCCUGUUCAAGAACUCCAUUGUGGCUUUGGUUGAUAAACUGGCGUGCAAGGAGCCAUACUAUGUGCGAUGUAUAAAGCCCAACGAAAUGAAGUCACCGGUGUUGUUUGAUGACGCCCGCUGCCAGCACCAGGUGGCCUACCUUGGCCUGCUGGAGAACGUGAGGGUACGCAGGGCGGGCUUUGCCUACAGGCAGCUCUAUGCUCGCUUCCUGCAGAGGUAUAAAAUGACGUGCGAGUACACCUGGCCAAACCACCUGAUGGCGUCAGACAGGGAAGCUGUGGAGGCCAUCGUCAUCCAGCACGGUUUCCAGGACGACGUUGCGUACGGCCAAACAAAGCUGUUUGUGAGAACGCCGCGGUCUCUCUUCACACUGGAGCAGGAGAGAAACCACCUCAUCCCCAUCCUGGUGACUUUCCUGCAAAAGGUGUGGCGCGGCACUCUAGCUCGUGCAAGGUGCCGGCGGAUGAGGGCCAUCUAUGCCAUCAUGGGCUGCUAUAAGCGCUACAAGGUCAAGGCACACUUCUGGGAGGUGGAGCGGAGGUUUGCUAAUGUGCGAACUAUGGCCGACUAUGGGAAGAGCUUGGAGUGGCCGACGCCGCCUGCAGCACUGUCGCAGUUUCACAGCAUCACAGUCAUGCUGCAUCGCAGGUGGUGGGCGAGGCAGAUCGUGAAAAACAUCCCGCCGUCUGACAUGCUGGAAGUUCGGGCCAAAGUGGCAGCUAUGACGGCUCUGAGCGGAGAGAGAAAAGACUGGGGAGUCAGCCGAGCCUGGGAGAGGGACUACCUGGCAAAUGCCCGAGACUGCCCUCAGACCAGCGCCAGCUUCAUCCGAAUUUCCAAGGAGCUGAAGAACAAAGACGAGUACAGUCAGGUCCUCUUCUCGAGCUUCUGUAGGAAGGUGAACAGGUUCAACAAGAGCACAGACCGAGGCCUGCUCAUCACAGACAAGUACAUCUACAAAUUAGAGCCAAAGAAACAGUAUAAGGUUCUGAAGAAGCUUCCUUUAGACUCAUUUACCGGAGUGAGCGUGACCACCGGGGUCGACCAGAUGGUGGCGUUACACACGUCCUCCCAGGAUGACGUCCUGCUGUGCCUGCAGCGAGGCGAGCUGUGCCCCAACCAGGACAGAGUGGGUGAACUGGUGGGAGCGAUUGUGGACCACUUCACACGGGUGAAAAAAGUCCAGUUUCCUGUGAAGGUUUGCCGUUCAGGUUUGGAGAUUCAUAUGCGAGGCAAGCCCAAGAACAUCUCGGUGGAGACCAAAGCUGGUCAAACCAUCGCCGAUUUCAAGAAGAGUAAAGACGGUUUCAUCCUGCUGGUGCCCGCUAACUAACAGUCCCCCAGUCAAACCAUUAACAGCUACACCUCAUCGACAUCUAAGGAGAAAAUAUCAGCCACAGACAUCCCAGCUGGACUUUAGCAAGAAUUUCUUUUAAUACAUAUAAACAAUUUUUCAGUAUAUGAGGAUUUUAAAGUAGUAAUCUGAGCAUUUUUUCUGGGAGAAUCUGCUUUCUUCAGCAUGCAGAGGAAACUGAAAGCUGAAAUACUUUUAUAUUCAUUUAUAACACAUUUAUAUGUAUCGUACUGUUUAUGCUUUUUUGUAUUUUUAUGAAAUAUAAAGAUGUU